AUGACUGCGAAGACGAAACAGGGUGCCAGUAUGAAGUCGUCAAAAUCUCUGGUUGACGAGACAACAGACGAGAAGAAAGAUGAAAAAGCGGAAAUAGUUGCGUCUAGUGUUGAUUCAGCAAAAGAAAUUACUGUAGCGAAAGAACAGGUGCGCAAGGCUCUGAAAGCAUUAAAGACUCAUGCCGCAAAGACCAGCUCAAAAUCGCUGUUUCCGGAGAUUGAUCAAUCCGUUCAAUUGCUUGUAUGUUACAAGAAACCUGCAUUGGUCAACAAUGGAAUGAAAAGACGAAUUGUACUUCCACACUCUGAUCGCUCGAUAAAGAAUACGACAAUUUGUUUGAUCAUGCCCGAUUUGGAUCAAUCAGCUUCAGCACGUACGGAUGCCGAUGUGAGUAAGCAAUCGCGUGAAUGGGCGGCGAUGAUUGAAGAGGAACAUGGUAUUACAAUUGGAGAACAUGUGUCGAAGAUUAUCAAUAAGCGGCAACUUGAACGUGAGUAUGGAUCAUUUAAACAACGACGCGAUCUAGCCUCAGCUUAUGAUCUCUUUAUGGUGGAUGCCCGCGUGUCAAAAUCUGUGCGCAAUUUUGUUGGAAAGGAGUUUGCAAGAGCCCACAAGGUCCCUCUUGAGUUCAAAUAUGAUAAGCCUCUCGCUUCGAGCAUUGAAAAGACACUUCGAACCACAAUCUUUUCGACUAGAGCUAGGAUGCCUAGAGUUGCCGUUCGUUGUGGUCACUUGGGUCAACCAAUUUCUGAUCUGGCUUUGAACGUUGAUGAGGUCAUCGAUUCUGUUGCUCAACAUUGCCCUGGAGGUUUCAAUAACGUUCGAUCACUCUAUCUUCAAUUGCCAAGUGGAGUUCCUUCAUUGUGUCUACACAUGGAUAACGGCUCUGCUAAUGAUGUGGCUUUGACGGCUCCAGAGAAGUUCAAGCGCCGUAAACACGAAAUUGAAGGAGAACUAUCCACUUUGCCAGAUGGACUGAAGGUGGCCGUUCUGCCAACAGGUCAAGCACGAGUUCUUCGAGAAGAUGAUUCACUUGCCGUGUAUUAUCCAACAGUUAAUGAUGAAUGGGAAGAAAAUGAUGACAUGAGGCCGGUGCUAAACCCAGACAAAAUUAACAAGAAGAAGCUGAAAAGAAAAGCUUUGAAAGAAAAAGCUGAAGCAAAGAAGAACAAGGCUAAAGGCGCCUCUCUAAAGAAUAUUGCUGGACUUCUCUGUUCGCCAGGAGACUUGAAAGAAGAGAAUCAAGAAAUUAAAGAAGAAGGCGAGGAUGUCAAGGAAGACAUUAAAGAAGAAGACCAUGACAAUGAAAGUGAUGCUGAUGAGGCCCCGCCAGUCAAGAAAGUCAAAAAGACGCCUGCAUUGAAAAAGCAUCCUUUGAAGAUGUCGAAGCAAAAGAAGGGGAAGCAU